UCGAACGGUCGAGUUGGGGGAAUUUCGCCGUCCCUAGUUGUUUCUUGUUAGGGACCAAAGACCUAGCUUUAGCUCUCUCCAAAGCCCACCAAAAAGAAAAAAUGAAAACAAUUCUAAAGUAACCACUUAGGAACCUUCACUCUUCAGAGCAUCCAUUGUUGUCCCAAGUAGCUUUAGUACUCUACCACCGAAUUCCAACCCUUAAAACAAUACCAUUUGCAGAGUGGAAAUGGGCAUCUACGCCAUGGAUUUUGCACUCAAAUUCAACCAUUCUAUUUUCUCUACUCCAUACCCACCUAAACCUUCACCCAAAUGUAGAUUUCUAACCGCAAGAUGCUCCCUCCCUCUCUCCUCUGACGGUGCCGCCACUGGGUUGGCGGAGAGGCCAUGGAAGGUAGCGGAUGCUAGGCUGGUUCUUGAAGAUGGUUCUAUUUGGAGGGCUAAAUCUUUUGGUGCCUCUGGUACCCGAGUUGGCGAAGUGGUUUUCAACACUUCUUUAACAGGGUAUCAGGAAAUUCUAACAGAUCCUAGUUAUGCUGGUCAGUUUGUCUUGAUGACCAAUCCCCAUAUUGGCAAUACCGGAGUAAAUUUUGAUGAUGAUGAAUCCAGGCAGUGCUUUCUUGCUGGUUUGGUGAUCAGAAGUCUAAGUAUUACAACUUCCAAUUGGAGAUGUGUGGAAACGCUUGGUGAUUAUUUAGCGGAAAGAAAUGUUAUGGGAAUUUAUGAUGUUGACACACGUGCAAUCACCCGCAGAUUGAGGCAAGAUGGAAGUCUUAUUGGGGUUUUGAGCACUGAACAAUCUAGAAGUGAUGAUGAACUUUUGGAAAUGUCACGUUCAUGGGACAUUGUAGGUAUUGAUUUAAUAAGUGGUGUUACCUGUAAUGCCCCGUACGAGUGGGUUGAUGAAACAAAAUCAGAAUGGGACUUCAACUCCGAUGGAAGAGAUAGAGAUACCUAUAGAGUUAUUGCCUAUGAUUUUGGGAUCAAACAUAAUAUACUUCGACGCUUAGCAUCUUAUGGCUGUAAAAUCACUGUUGUCCCAUCCACAUGGCCAGCAGCCGAAACCCUUAAGCUGAAGCCAGACGGAGUUCUUUUCAGCAAUGGUCCAGGAGAUCCAUCUGCUGUUCCUUACGCCGUUGAGACAGUCAAGGAAAUUUUAGGGAAAGUUCCUGUUUUCGGAAUUUGCAUGGGUCAUCAGUUACUCGGGCAGGCUUUGGGUGGUAAAACCUUUAAGAUGAAGUUUGGCCACCACGGUGGAAAUCAUCCUGUUCGUAAUCUUCGGAAUGGCCGUGUUGAGAUUAGCGCUCAGAACCACAACUAUGCAGUCGAUCCAGCCUCACUCCCUGAGGGUGUAGAAGUGACUCAUGUUAAUCUCAAUGAUGGAAGCUGUGCUGGUCUAGCUUAUCCUGCUUUAAGUAUUAUGUCUCUUCAAUACCAUCCUGAAGCAUCCCCAGGACCUCAUGAUUCAGAUUGCGCUUUUAGAGAAUUCAUAGAGCUUAUGGAGUCAACAAAACAAGCUGCUUGAAGGAACCUGUAACGUCAGGUUGUUUCAAUUUUCAGGUAUUAGUAUCGUAGUAAAUGUGCUUUCUUCUCAGCUGUGGUUCCUUUGGUAUGUGCUUUAGCUGGCUAUGGAACUAUUUCUUUUAUGAAAUAGUUUUAGAUAAUUUGAAUGUUGUCUAUGUUUGAACUGACUUGAUGGAUCUUGUUUUAGUUUUAGCAUUAUUAUAUUGUCCUAAAAGUGAGGCAGUAUUUUCGUUUUCUAAGAUAAA